AUGAUGGAUCGCGUUAGUGGCGUCUGCAGGUUCGGAGGUGUGGUGUCAGCGGUUAAAAGUAGAACUGGUCGAAGUAAAAGGAAAAUAACUGGACCGACACAGCCUACCGAAGAAAUGCCUGAGACGCCACGAAGAGGUCUCGGAGCGGUAUUAGUUUUAGCUUGCGUUCUAAUUUAUCACAAUUGCCUUUAUUGUGGGUUCGUUUUUGAUGAUAUUAGUGCCAUAAAAGAAAACCGAGACCUGAGACCGCAGACACCGAUAUCAAAUAUAUUCCUUAACGACUUCUGGGGCACUCCAAUACAUAAGAUUCCAUGUUGGUGGGCGGAAAUGAAAGAGUGGUCGUACGUAUUCAGGGUUCACUACUCAAAGGAUACGUAUGGAAUCCUAUUGUUGUGCCACUGUCCUUCCAAUCGUCCCUAUAACGCUCUGUUUAACAAGGACCCUUCUUAG